AUGCAAUCAACAGCACUUAUUCAUUGGCUGAAUCAGUUGACUGAACCCGACACGGAGAAAGUCAAGCAAGCAACGAAACAACUGCAAAAUCUUUCAUUAACAAACGAUUUUCUUCUCCAACUAUUUCAAAUUCUUCGUUCGGAACAGAACGAUCAAAUCCGAAUUCUCGCUUCAGUUUUACUCCGUCGGAAGAUUUCGAAAUCAUCGGCAACCAUUCCCAGAGAUGUUCACGAAACACUCAAGCAUCACCUUCUCGAACAAAUUCAAGUCGAAUCGAACCAACGCAUUCGAAAGUCUCUGUUUGAAUUGAUUGGCACCAUCGCCAAAGAAGAUCUCCAAAAUGAAGUCGUCGAGAGAAAGAAGAAACCAGCAAAAAAAUCGAAUAAAAAAGAGACAACUGGCUGGAAGGAAUAUUUGCACCUAUGCGGAACAUUAGUUCAAUCAACAGAUCUCAAACAAUUGGAAUUAGGCAUGUGUCUAUUUGCAACGUUGGCAACGUAUUGCGGAAGAUUUGUUCUUGAACAUUGGCCACAUACGUUCAACUUGAUCACGACAAUGCUCAAAACAAGACCAUCGAUAGUUGUUUGUGAACAAGCAUUGAUCAUCUUGACGAAUUUGGUGAAAGUUAUGACACAGAAACAAUACGUACAAACAAUUGCCGAUCUUGUACCAGUUGCUAAUGACACAAUACAGUAUCUUUUCGUUAAUCUGAAAGCAGAAAAUACAACAAAUCUCUUGGAUUUUUAUGAAGCAUUACUUGAUUGCGAAUUACCGAAUGUCAUUGGAACACAUCUUCAAAGUAUCAUAUCAACAUGUCUUCAAGUCGCUUUAAGAAAUGAUGAAUCAGUUCUUGAAUCCGUUCGUUAUAAUGGUUUGAGUAUUUUAGCGGAGAUUUGUCGGCAGAAAAAGAAAGUUCUACUGAAAAAUCAAGCAAUUCUCCCACCCAUCAUUCAAGCAUUACUUCAAAUCAUUAGUACAACUGCCAUUGACAGUAACACCGCAACCGAUGAUGAUGAAGACGAACCAGUCGUUGUCGCUGGUGCUAAUCAUGUACUUGAAGCAAUGUCGUAUCAUUUGUCUCCUGAGAAAUUUGUACCAUUAGUCAUCGCACAAGUUGAACCAAUGUUACAAAGUAGUGUUGCGAAUGAACGUAAAGCUGCUUAUUAUGUUCUGUCGGGCAUCAUUGACGGCUGUUGUGAUUACAUCAAUAAUAAUUAUCUGGAACCGUAUAUGACAGCACUUAAAAUGGGCCUUCAGGACACUCAUUCGGAUGUUUCGAGUGCAGCUUUGUUGGCUUUAGGUGAAACAUGUGCUGUUUUAGAAGGAGAAAUCUCGAAGUAUUCAGUACAGUUUUUACCAAUUCUUAUGGAACUAAUGAUGAAACCAGAAAAUAUGCAAAAUCAUAAUUUGAAAGUCAUCCGAAUCUACUAUGCUGUUGAAGAAAUUAUCGGAGUUUUAAGUGAUGAACAUAAAACUUCCAUUCCGGAAGUACUUCGAGUUCUAUUUCAUGUUCAUGCUUCGACAACGAAUACUAAGGUUCGCGAAUUAGUUCUUGCUGUCUAUCCCGCCAUCGCGACUGUUAUGGAAGAUAAAUUCGCGCCAUAUUUGGAACCCGUCAUCACUCAACUUUCACCUAAUCUAAGCCAAAAACCAAAUGCGGACAUGUUACCAGUAUUUUGUACAUCGCUCAAUACACUCGCUUCACUUUGCCGAGCGGUUGGCACGGAACAUUGCAAGGCAAUUCUAGUACAAGCACUGGACUUCUCAUUGAAUCUAUACAGUGAAAUAGACGAACCGGAGUUUCGUUCAGCAGUAUUUGCUGUCGGUGGAGCCGCUAGUCGUGUAUUAAAGACUGAAUUCAAUCCAAAUCACCUGAAUAAGAUUGUCGAACAUAUUUUCGAAUCUCUUCGAUCACUUAAUUGGAUUGAAGAUAUCGCAGCCACUGAAACGCGUAAAUUAGAAUGGGUUGAUGAAGAAGAAAUAGAUGCUACAUCAAACGGAAUUAGUGAUACAGAAGCAGCGACCACCGACGAAGAUAAGAACGAUGAUGACUCGGAUGAUAACGACGAUGAUGAGCUUGCUGAUGAAGGAAUGACGAUUGAAAACGCGCACGUAGAGGAAAAGGCAGCAGCAAUCGAAGCACUGGGCGAUAUUGUGGAAAACUGCAUGGUUGCUGUCUGGGCACAUUUGAAGGAUAUCGUUGAACUCAUUGAAACUAUGUUGGAGUUUCCCAAUGUUCAAUGCUCACAAAAUGCUGUAACAGCUGCGGGAAACCUUCUUGUGUCGAUUCAUAAAAUGACAACCCAAACACAGAUUACACACGAACAACAACUUGUUCAGAAUGAACUGGAUCGUCUGCUAGUGGAAUUAAUUCCAAAUCUCUGCACAAUUAUUAACACAUCGGCAAGUCGCUCAUUAGCACAAGUUGCUCUCGAUACCGUCAAGAGUGUCUUAGACGAAGUGAAACUAGAUAUGCUGAAACAUGUCACUUUACUGGAGAAAAUUGCUCAUUCUGUUCAGAAAGUUCUCAAUUACAAAACGAAAUGCCAACAAGACGAUGAUGACGAGAAUGAAGACGGUGGUGAUGGUCGAGAACAGGAUGGUCGCGAUGAUGCCGAAUACGAUGCCAUGCUAAUAUCAACUGGUGGUGAUCUCUUACCCAUAUUAACAUCGAUUGCAUGUACUGGUAAAGUCUCGUUUCUUCCCGUGUAUCUCUCAUCCAUAAUUCCAAAAUUACAAAAACGUCUGAGACAUCAAGCAAGUGUUUCGGACCGUUCAUUUGUUAUCGGUGUUCUUGCUGAAACAGUGCAAAAUAUGAAUGAUGCAUUGAUUGCACCUCAUUUACAAUCCCUCUUUACAAUGUUUUAUCAAUACUUAAUUGAUGACGAUGAAGAAGUACGUACGAACGCUUGCUUUGGCAUGGGUGUACUCUGUGCAGUUGCCAAUCAGCAAUUACUUGGACAAUACGAAACAAUCCUCAGCCGUCUUUCUCAAGCUCUAAUAAAAGAAACCAAUCGAAGAAUGAUCGAUAAUAUAUGCAGUUGUCUCUGUCGAAUGAUUGUUGUUUCACCCAAGCACGUUCCGCUGGGACAAGUUCUACCAGUUCUUUUUCAACAUUUGCCACUACAAGAAGAUUUCGCUGAAGCCAAUUCAGUUUUCACCUGUCUCAAUCUACUUUACCAACAUCUUUUUGCUGAGAUUGAAACAUAUCUUCCAAAGUGUAUCGAAAUGGCAGCAUCGAUUAUCGACGAUGAACGCGUUUUACCUGACGCUGUGCCAGUCAUACGUGAAUUUCUUCGCUCAAUCUAUGCAAAGCAUAGUGCCGCUUUCAUCCAACAAUCUACCACAAUUGAUAUAAAAACGAUGGUGUUUCGUCUACUGAUCAUUUAUUUCUGUUUUUCCUUGGUCCAAUUUGCAUUAAUUGAGUCAGUACCUUUGCCCGACGAGGUACUUAUCGAAAACUAUCCGUCAGCGAACUUCAUCAAAUCACCAUGUGACGCAUUACAUCCAAUAGAGUUUAUUUCAUUAAUAUGUCAACAACAAGAACAAUAUCCAUUAAAAUUAACGAAAAAAUUAUGUUCAAAUUCUAUUAAUUCCUACAAAACACAAGAACAACAGUCACAACGAGAGAAACGAGUCGGAUGGACAAUUAGCGUUUGA